AUGUCUUCAUCAGUGAGAAGAACUCUGUGUACUUUGUUAUCGCGUGUCAAAGGUUUAUCUCCGCACAACACCACCAGCGUGCGGCUGAGCAGUGUCCGGGCGCUGGCUUUGAGCUCACAUCUCGAAUCAGAGGAAAAGUCAGAUGAGCCCAUCAAGUUCUCCACAAGCAAGGCCAGUCACCGGACCUGGAAAGUGGGCAGCUCUAUGGGCAGCCAAUACAGAAGACCAUGGAAGAAAGUGUUGCCAUUAAGCAUUGGUUUCUCCGUCUUUUUGUUGUGGUGCGUGCUGAGGGGACAAUCAGAUGUUGAUGAGAAUUAUUACAGACCACUUCAGGAGAGUUUACAGAGUCUGCAACAAGAGCAGGAAAAAGCUGAAGAUAAACCAAGUUAA